AUGAAAAAUUUUAUUUUUAAUAUUAUUAUUAUACAACUUCUUUUGAAUUUUGGAAAUGAGUGCUAUGAAAUUAUAAAAUGUAUUGAUGGAAGUUCUAGUAGCAAAAAACCUUCUGGAGUAAAGCAGUUUUUUAAGAAGAUAAAAAAUAAAUAUGAUAAAUUUAAAGAGUCAUAUAAAAAAUCAUAUAAUCUGAAAGAAAGAGAUGUAGAAGGUUCUUAUAGAUUAGAAGCACAUUAUAAUAUUAAUCAAGAACUUGAAAAAAAAUUUAAAUGGAAACUGUUUUAUAGUUAUUUUAAUAAAGGAAAAUCUUUAUGCCAUUAUUUAAAAUUAAAAAGGAGAUACAAAAAAAAGUAUGAAAGUGAGACAUUUUCAUUUAAAAAUUAUUUUUCAGAUGUUAAUAUCGUUUUUUCCCAGUUUAAAGCACAAUAUACUGAUGUAAUUUUUAAUGUAGAAUUGUUUGGUAAUAAUAAAGUGGUGGUACACUAUGAUCUCAAAAUAUCUGAUAAGAUUGCCAGAUAUUUGACAAAUGUUAUUAAAUUAACAGUAUUUAAACAUAACCCUAAACCUCCAAGUUGGAAAUUAAAAUUUAAUUUUUUAAAUGGAAAAAAAAAAUUAGUAAUUGCUGUUCCUACGGAUGUUCCAGGAUUGUUUUUUACUUUUUAUUAUGAAAUAAUUGCCUUUAGAAAUUAUUUUUCUUCUCCAUUUUCACUCUAUGGAGAUAUAUAUUUUAAGUUCGAUAACAGUUUUAGAAGAUAUAAAGCGGGGUAUUUUAGCAUAAAGAGACUUUAA